GUCACAUUCAAAAGGUUCGUGCCAUCGGGUGAACCGCAACACUGCCCAACGUGUUUCCUCGUGCGGCUGUCUGUGGUGUCGUCAGACAUUGCUAGCGCCUGCUGUUUAUUGAGUAUGAGUGACAGUAGGUGUGAUUUCAUAGUUGCGAGAAAAAGCCGGCGUUGCCGGUUGCGGCCACUGUCCGGAUCUCGCUACUGCGGUGAGCAUGUCGUGCUGUUACCGGCAGGAAAUGGAGAGUCGAGCCACGAUCGGAUCACUUGUCCUCUGGAUUCUACACAGUGACACGUGCUCAUCAGCCCUUCUUGAGAAGCAUCUGAAGAAAUGCAAUGCCAAAAAAAAAGAAGCUCAAGAAUUUUUCAUCAAGGACAUCAACUCAGGAACUCCUUCGCUCUCCAGUGGCUCAUGCUUACCGGGCAAGAUCCAGCUGAAGAACGUGAGUGAUGAAAGACUCUGGGAGAUCAUUCGCAAGGUGGAUGAAAUCUACAGUGGUCACGUGGCGUUGCCGGAGAAGUAUGCGGGUCUCCACAGGGCAUUCGUCACGGAACUCGAGAAGCUGACUGGCUGCGCUGUUGCCGAGAAACACCUGCUCCAGAAGGCGGCGCUGCUGAGCUUGGCUGAGAGUUGGGGCCUGCUGACCGGUGACUCCUGCUUCGUUGAGUUUGGCGCUGGACGAGGCCGCCUGUCCUACUGGCUCGCAAGAAUUCUUGCCAAAGAAGACUGCCGUUUUCUUCUCGUUGACAAGGCAGCCUCCCGUCACAAGUUCGAGAACAAAGUCAAGAAUGACUUGGCUAAGUUCCCAGAAAUCCAGCGGCUGCAAAUUGACAUUCGCCAUUUAUACCUUGGAAAUGUCAAGCUCCUUCAAGACCAUAGCAAAAAGCUCAUAGGCCUUUGCAAACACCUGUGCGGGGAAGCAACAGAUUUUGCCUUGCGCUGCAUUAUGGAGACAACAGGGCAGCCAAGAAAUGCAGACAGCAAUGACCUAUUAAGCAUCCAUGGCGUGCUCAUGGCGACAUGUUGCCACCACCGCUGCUACUGGGAUUCAUUCGUUGGACGCCCACUUCUCGAAGAAUGGGGUGUUGCCCGCCAGGACUUCGACCUGCUCACGGCCAUGGCUGGGUGGGCGACAUGUGCCGCUAGAGCACCUCAAGCGGGAGCCCACCAGGAAUAUCCUGAAGCAUUGUCAAACCCAGGUGCUGUAAACCGGUACUUAUGCAUGGGCCUUUCUGUUGAGCGGCGUGCCGAGGUGGGCCGUCGUUGCAAGCUCUUACUGGACUCAGCCAGGGCGAAGUACUUGUCGGCAAGGAGGCUCACUUCCCGUCUGGUAUACUUCAUCACGCCGGACGUGACUCCCGAGAAUGUUGCUAUCGUGGCCACUGUUCCUGAUGUAGUAGCCCAGAUGAGAAUGUCAUCCGCUACUUUUCAACUGUCUGACACACCAAAGGAAGAAAACUUGUGUAGCGAACGGCAGCUUGAGUUGGACAGCUGAAAACUCUUCUUUACCGCAAGAUGUAUUUUCUUGCUAUUCACGAGAGUGCGGAAAAAUAAAACAUGCUGCAGUGAGAGCCUUACA